UAAACUCAGUUAGUACUUACUCAAUGUUAUGAGAACUAUAAAGUUGAACAUAUGUGGAUAAAUUAAUCCUUACAUAUUAAAAUGGAUUCUUUAUUGCGAAAAGAACUACCAGAAAUUGUCAGCAGUGGUGCGUUUGGAAAAAAUCUUGAAUAUGUUUCUUUUGAAUUAAACAAAGAUCAAGUUGGACAGGCUCAGUACAUGUCAACAGUAUUAUUUGGUACAGUUACCACAUCCGACGAAUCAAAAUAUCAUGUUGUGGUCAAGUUAAAACUUCGAGAUGAAGAAAUGAGAAAAAAGAGUAAAAUCGACUUCCAAUUCCACAACGAAAUUGCAAUGUAUGAAAGAGUUAUACCAUUUUUAUUUCAAUGCCAUCGUUCUAUAUCAGGUAUCGGGGACUGUCCCACAUUACCUCGAUAUUUUUACGGUCGUAAUAAAUGUGGCGAGUUUAUUGAAAAAGAUUUAGUAAUAUUGGAGGAUGCCCAUCCACUAGGAUUCAAAUUGUGCGAAGAUCGUCUGUUCAUGGACUAUGAUCACUUAAUAAUUGGGUUACAAGCGUUAGCGAAGUUCCACGGGUUGUCAUACAUAGCGAAAAACAAAGACCACGGCCGCUUAAAAAAAAUUGUUAUGGACAUUCGUGACACAACGUUUGGGGAGGAUGGAAAGUGGAAAUUUAAGAACAACGCAUUAAUUAGAUUUAGUAAGCGAGGAGUCGAUCGGCUGCUUGAACGUAGCGGUGACCUUUAUCGGGAAAACGAGCACUUACGACGAUUUAACGAGCUCAUCAUCGACGGAGACAACUCAAUGAGAAGUACGGUCGUUCCGCGAGAACCAUUUUCGGUCGUGUGCCAUGGGGACUUCAAUCGAAAUAAUAUUCUGUUCCGGUACGACAAAACGGGACUUCCGGUCGACGUGUUGCUGUUUGAUUUUGGAACGCCUCGUUACGGUUCGCCAGCGUUGGAUAUUUCGUUUUUCUUGUACAUGAAUACUACUCAAAAUUUGCGUGAAAGUAGGUGGGAUGACUUACUUAACGCGUACUGCUUGACUUUGGAGGAAUUCGUACCACCUGGUGUCCGCGUGCCAAACAGGGCUGAACUAGAUUUCGAAAUGGCUGCUUGUACUUUAUUUGGAUUCGCAAACGCAUCGUUUUUUGUACCUCAUCAAUUCGACUCUGRUGCCAUAUUUAAAGAGGGAAUGAGCGAUGAAGAAAUAUUGGAGUGGUUAUUACAACUGGGYGGUGACAMUGGAACAGAUCUCGUGGCUGAUAUGGUACAACACAUAAUCGACAUGAAAUACACGAAUGUGUUACGUAGUUAACGGGUUUUUUAAAAAUUAUUAUUGGUACUGAUCUACAUAAUGUAAUAAAUUUUAUGUUGCUUGAAUGUAUUGAUCAAAAUUUUAUAUGCGUCAUACGUAUUUAUAAUACUACUACUAAUAAUAUAUGUAUAUAUACUCGUAUUAUAUGUAUUAUACUGAAUACUAUGUUUAGUGCCUUGAGUACCUCUUUGUAUUAUUAUUUCAAUGUUAGGUUUAUAGUGGAUUACCGAUUAGUUAUGACUUUAUGAGAUAACAAUAUAAUAUAGUGGAUUAAACCACAUAUGUAUACAU